AUGGUCCAUGGGUAUCAGCACGGAUUGUUCCACGUUGUAUCAAGUCUCAUCCUGCUAGGACUCUGUGUGUCAACAAAAAAGACAUCAGACAAACCAACCUCUUCAAAAUCAGUGCAAUGUGGCUCUUGGAUCAAGAAUCCAGAUGGUGGCUUCUUCACAUCUCCCAAUUAUCCAAACAAGUACCCUCCUGACAGAGAGUGCAUAUAUAUCAUUGAAGCUGCACCGAGACAAAGCAUUGAACUUUACUUUGAUGAAAAGUACUCCAUUGAACCUUCUUGGGAAUGCAAAUUUGACCAUAUCGAGGUGCGGGAUGGACCUUUUGGAUUUUCUACUGAGAUUGGACGUUACUGUGGUCAAAAUAUUCCACCUUUUAUAACAUCUUCGGGUAGAUAUUUAUGGAUUAAAUUUGUUGCUGAUGGUGAGCUCGAAUCUAUUGGAUUUCUGGCAAGAUAUAACUUUAUACCAGAUCCUGAAUUUGCACAUCUUGGUGCCCUGAAACCAUUGCCAGCAUGUGAGUUUGAAAUGGGAGGACCUGAGGGGAUCAUUGAAUCAAAACAAGUUGUGCAGGAAGGCAAAGCCAAUCCCACGGAGGCAGUUGAUUGUAAAUGGUACAUUCGAGCGCCACCAAAAUCCAAGAUUUACUUGAGAUUUCUUGACUACGAGAUGGAGAAUUCAAAUGAGUGUAAACGCAAUUUUGUGGCAAUAUAUGAUGGAAGCAAUGCAGUGGAGGACCUUAAAGCCAAAUUCUGCAGCACUGUAGCCAAUGAUUUGAUGCUUCGCACAGGGAUAGGCGUCAUUCGCAUGUGGGCUGAUGAGGGAAGUCGGAGCAGUCACUUCCAGAUGCUUUUCACAUCCUUUCAAGAACCCCCCUGUGAUGGUAGCGCAUUCUUUUGUCACAGCAACAUGUGCAUCAACAACACAUUGGUCUGCAAUGGUGUUCAAAACUGCGUAUAUCCUUGGGAUGAGAAUCACUGUAAAGAGAAAAGAAAGGCUAACCUAUUGGACCAGCUUACCAACACCAGUGGGACUAUAAUUGGGAUCACAUCUUUCAUUGUGAUUAUUCUCAUAGUUAUCUCUGUAAUAGUUCAGAUCAAACAGCCACGCAAAAAAUACGUCCAAAGAAAACCAGACUUUGACCAAACAGUUUUUCAGGAGGUUUUUGAGCCUACGCAGUAUGAACUCUGUUCACUAAAAGGAAAAGGGGCUGCAGCUGAUCUAGGGGACAUUGUCGAUGACUUUGAGAAUUACCAUAAACUGAGGCGAUCAUCUUCUAAAUGCAUUCACGACCAUCACUGUGGUUCCCAGAUAUCAAGCAUUAAAGGUAGCCGUAGUAACCUCAGCACUCGGGAUGCGACCAUCCUCUCAGAUAUACAGCCACAGCCGGUGAAGCCCAGCGUCCAGUCAUUAAGCAGGCGGAGUAUCCUAGUCAUGAAGCACAGCUACUCACAGGACGCAGCAGAUGCAUGUGAUAUUGAUGAAAUCGAAGAAGUUCCAACUACGAGUCACAGGCUGUCCGGAAAUGAUAAGUCGGUCCAGCGACUGCUUGAGAAUAAUGUGCUGCUGGAUGAUUUUGAACAUGCAUCAAAGAAUUUUGAAAUUGUGGACCUUGGACAUACACCAGCAUGAGUCUCUCGGACAUCAGUUUAUCGACUGUUUCCUGAACCAAAUGUAGAUGUGCAAUAAUAAUGUAAAGACCAGUCUUUGUGUAGCCUUUUGUUUGAGCUACAAUCGGAUCCAGGAUGGUACAAAUAUCUAUACUGUAUAUCUGUUUAAGACAAAUACAGGCAGAAGAUCAAGUGCAAUGGUGGAAGACCAAGGAUCCAGAACAAUGUAACUCAGCACUGAGGAUUAACUCCUCAAAUGCAAAAUAAAUAAAACUAUAAUAUGUCCAGAUUGGAGCACUAUAGAAUCCAGGCA